AUGCCUCAACAACAACAGCAUCAGUCUAUCAGCCGAGCGGGCCAAGCGGCGCUUCUAACAUGGGUCAACACAUUCUCCCUGGACCGCAGGGUCGAUCGUCUCGAGGACCUCGCCGACGCCCAUGUCUUUGCCCAGAUGCUACACGAUCUCGACCCGGAAUACGACCCCAAUGAGCUCGAACAGCACGCCGGCUCGUCCGCUUGGCUGACAAACAAGCGUAACAUCCAGUCUGUCUUCAAGGCGCUGACCAAGUACAUCAUCCACAAGGACGGCAGCGGCGCCAUUGAUUUCCUGCCGCGGACUAUCGAUGUGCGCGCCGUGUCGGACAACCUAAACGCCGAGGGCAUUGCACAGCUUGUUGCCAUCUUCACGGCUGCUGCCAUGCUUGGCGAACACAACACCAGGUACAUUCCCGUCAUGCGCAAGAACCUCAGUACGAGUGAGCAGGCCGAAAUCAUGACCAUCUUGCAGCGCAAGGAUGAAGAGCGCCAACGACUUGCCGAAAGCGGUGUGGACGCGUCGGUGGACGAAGCCACAGCUGGGCUAGACCCGGGAUUGGUCGCCGAGGCCCAGCUGGCGACGCUCGCGUCCGACUACGACCGUGUGAGCAAAAAGCUGGCCGACACCAACACGCGCCUCGAACACCUUCAGAUUUCGUACGAAGUCAUUAAAGAAGACUUGGAACGGAAAGAGAAGGAGCUGGACCUCGAGCGCCAGAAGCACGGCGCCAGCGAAUCACAGCUCAUCCGGGACCUGCAAGAAAAGCUGCGCGAGCAGGACGACCUCAUCAGUAACCAAGAAGGACAAGCCGAGGACGACCGCCAGACCAAGCAGCGACUGGCCCAAGAAAACAGCCAGCUCUCGCGAAAGGCUGUGCUCGUCGAGCAGCUGCAGGACCAGGUGCAGGAGCUCAAACACGCCAACGAUGACCUGAGUAAGAAGGCCAACACCAUCGACCGGUACAAGCAGAAGCUUGAGGCCCAGCGCGGUCUUGAGAUGCGCCUGGAGGAGGCCCUGUACGAAGUCGGGCAGAACAAGGAGGCGCUCAAAGAGUUUGAAGCCCUGCAAAAACGCGUCAACCAACAGCAGGCGACCAUCGAGCGCUUCCGGGAGAUGGUGUCGGGCCUGGAACAGCAGAUCGAGGACAACCGCAUCCAGAAGGCUGCGUUGGAAGCCGACAUCUACGCGGUGCAUGCGCAACUCGAGAGCCUGAAAGACCAAAACCAGAUGAGCGAAGUGCGCAUCGCCGAGCUUGAACAGCAGCUCCUGCAAGGGACCGGUAGCACCCUCCCGGCCAGCCCGGGUGGUUCCAAGGCGACAUUUAAUCUUGAGGAAGAGCUGCAGCACACAGACGACCCUGCGUCGGCUUACACUUUGGAGAUUGCUCGGCUACGUGCUGAGAACAACCUCCUACGGAGCAAUGUUAACGUGGGCUCCGAGAACGACCGCCUACGAGCCGACCUAGAAAUCUCAAAAACAAAGGAGGAGCUCGCCCGGAAAAAGUACAACGACAUGUUCGAAAAGCACACGCUCCUGGAGGCGCAAAUGCAGGCUCUGGCGAGCGGUGCGAUAGGAGAGGGUAGCUCGCUUUGGAUCGAGGCGCAGAAGAAGCUCAAGGACACGACCUCGGAGUUGGACCGACACAAGGCGGUUUCGCGAGAGCUGGAGAACCAGGUGGCAGACAAGCACCGGGAGAUGCUGCGCCUCCGUGCCGACUUGGGUGCUGUCGGCAAGGGAUCUGUAGAUGCCCUGGAAGAGCUCAAGUCGACCGAUGCUUUAAUCUCGGAGUCUCUCAAGAAGGAGCUGGAGUCGCUGCGCACAGACUUCCGGUCGCUGCAGGUGGACAAUGAGCAACAACAGAAGCAUCUUAUCGAAGCGCUCGUUUCUAAGGAGGAACUGCGCAAGACAAUGGGCACAGCAUCCGACGAGAAGCCACUGCCGUCGCUAACGCAAGCCACCACAGCACCACCUGCUGCAGAUGUCGAGGAGCAAGUCCGCAAGACAACUGAGAUGAACGAGAAGCUGCGGACCGCCAUGAAGCAGCUGAAGAAGCAAUACGAUAUUGCGGACCACGACCGCACUGAGCUGCAAAAGAAGCUCAAGGCCGCCGAAACCGCCGGCCCGAGCAGUGGCAGCGUCGGUGCCAUGGCCGCCGCCCAUGCAGCACAGCGUGCUGCAGAUGAAAAGACCAUCAAGAACCUGCAGCGUGAAAACGCCAUGAUCACGACGGCGUGGUACGAUCUGACGAGCCGCUUGCAGAGCAACCACGUCGUGCUGCAGCGGCGGCAGGAUGCGCCCAAGAGCUGGCUCAACAAGCAGCGGCAGCUGGUGAAUGCUACGCCACGAAAGUAG